AUGGAACCCGUGCCUGAACUCCACUCCCUUGAGGAAUUCAGAGCAUCUCCUGUACCAAGAUUACGAUUACAAGAAUCUGCUCUUUACGACACUCAAAAUCCGAUAAAGGAUCGAGAACAAUUUGCGAGACCUCAAACUCUUCGAAGAACUACAGAACCAAUACCUCAAUCACCCCGCUCCCCAGGAUGGUCAUCCCCUGUCACUCCUUCAAUCCCUUUUCGUCCUCGAAAUACUUCACCAUAUGCGAGAGGCCAUUUUAGAUCAAGAUCAAACGGUAGUGUUUUGGCACCUCCAAUGUCGCGAGCACAAUCAUUACCAGGAGUAAAUGGUGCUGGUCACCUACUCAUGUCUCCUCAAAGACCCGCAAGUCCUUUAGGUUCACCAGCUCGAGUUCGCAUACCUAGAAAACCCGCAGAUGAAGUGUUUCCAGGGUUUCCAAAUCGUGCUUUGAUCAAUAUUAGUGAGGGUAAGCAGCCAGCUUUCGAUGAGGAUACUUCAAAAAUGUCGGAUCGAAGUGCCUCCCCAAUCUUAGGUAUACCUUCCAACGAAGAAGCUGCCAUAGAAGCAGAUAGGAUUGCUCAGUUAAAAGCUGCAGCAGAUGCGGCAGAUGGAGCCGAAUGUGAAGAUGCCAAAUCAAGAGGACUUGACACUUCUGGGGGACGUGGUAGAGGUCUAGGAGGAUUUGGUUCACGAGAUAAGAGAAAACGUUGGAGUGUUUGUGGAGCUGAAAGAAGAGGUGAUUUGAAUCUAGAUACGAUCUGGGAGGAUUGA